GACAUCUGCAAAAGGAAAAGUGAAAAACAAACAAUGCAAUAUUUGAAACCAGCGUUUCGAAAAGCGGCAUUCUACUGCCACUCCUUAACGUUAAACCCUACCUCUGUCGUCCUCUUCCCGUUUCGGUUUCGCCUCGCACCACCCGUUUCGCGCUUCUCCUCCUCAAUGGCGGUGCCUCCGUCGUCGCUGGACAAGCAAUUCGACGCGUUUAGGGUUCAGCUCGAAGAAUCUGGAACCUUGCGCGACCGAAUUCGAAGCGUCGUUUCGGAGAUUGAGUCCUCAACUAGGCUCAUCUAUGCAACCCUUCUUCUCGUUCACCACUCUCGUCCCACUCCUGAUGUUUUAGAGAAGGCCAAGUCUCAGAUUAAUGUAUUAAAGGAGCAGUAUAAGCAACUUGCUGAAGUUGUUGGAGGAUGCCCUGGGCAAUACUAUAGGUACCAUGGUGAUUGGAGGAGUGAGACACAGUCCGUAGUUUCGAUGCUUGCUUUUAUGCAUUGGCUUGAAACAGGAAGCCUUCUCGAGCACAAAGAAGCUGAGGAAAAACUUGGGUUGAAUAGUUCAGACUUUGGCCUAGAUGUCGAAGACUACUUAAUAGGUGUCUGUUUUAUGUCUAAUGAAUUGCCAAGGUAUGUGGUGAAUCAAGUGACAGCUGGGGAUUAUGAUUGUCCGAGGAAGGUCUUAAAGUUCUUAACAGAUCUCCAUGCUGCAUUCCGCAUGCUAAAUCUUCGCAAUGACUUUUUGCGAAAGAAGUUUGAUGGCAUGAAGUAUGACCUCAGGAAGGUCGAAGAAGUUUACUAUGAUGUUAAGAUUCGGGGUUUGACACCUAAUGGUGAGUCAAUUGGAGAUCAAGGAAUCCAAGGACAGUCUUAAGUUGUGAUAGCUGUAGACCCAAAGCGAGAAUAUCAAUACAGGAAGCUUUACUGGCUUCUCAACAAUUACGCACCUUAAAAACUUCUAUAGGCUCGAAACGGAAUAGAGAAGGUAAUUGAUUGACUUCUUGACAAGAAGCACGAAAGGGGUGUGUAACAGCUUAGGAUCAGGCAUUCAAAACUAAACAAAUAAUAAGUUCAGGUUUGAUAAGAUAAAUCAAUAUUUUAUAACACUUUCCAGGUUAUUUGAUUGUUAUAAAUUUUGGGUGUUACAACAAUUUUGAGGAAUUAUCGUAGUCAGCUCAGAAGGUUGGAAUUUGCAUGGAGUGUACCCUGAAACUUAUUUUAGUAGUUUGUAUUGUUUUUUCUAACGUUA